AUGUGUGACACUUGUGCCCUCAACUUCGACAGUAACAAUACCAACGACUGUCUCACAAUCUCUCCAAGGACUAGAGUACUAUCUGCAAAUCGAAUGCUCGACACACGCUAUCAGGACAUCGCCGAUGCGACUGCGUUUUUGCGUCGACUGUGCCACCUGACACCCGACUUCCUUGACGGUCCUACCAAGUCUAGGCUCAGAGAAGAGGCAGAACAACUUAAAAAGCUCAUUGAUGAGCUGAAGACAAAGCUACAAGCCCUCGAAGACCGUCUCGAUGAGGUCCAGUACGACUUAUCCAGCCUCGUUUACCCCGUCAACACUCUCCCUGCCGAGACCCUAUGCCAAAUCUUUGCGGCAGCCCUGUCCACUGGUAUUUCACCUCGGAGCCGGCGUCGCGUCACAAUGAUCAACCGCCCACGCUUGCGGAUUACCGCCGUUUGUCGGUAUUGGCGCAGCAUCGCAAUCGCAGACCCGCACUUGUGGACACAGACAUACUACUUGAUCAAUAGCAACAACCCUCAGCGCGACUUGCUAUUCGAGAACUUCCUGCCACGCACGCACAGCCUCCCCAUCAAAUUCACCCUGAUAGCUCGCGCGGGAUCGCAAUCACUUCCCCAUUUCGUGUUUGACUCUGUUGCACAGUGGAAGGAAGUGUGCCUGAUAAACGUGUACUGGCCACGAAAUUGGGCGCCUAAUACGGCAACCAAUCAAGGAAUUGAUUGUCCUCAGCUUACAAAACUUACCUUCGACGCAACAAAGGACAGAGCGAGUACGCCCCAGGAUUUGUUGAUGAAUGCUCCCUGUCUCCGCGAGCUUUCUACCUGCACUAUAACCGACUUAUUCUCUCGCCUCUCGUUUCCUCCACAGCGACUGAAGAAAUUGACUCUUCUUCAACCCGUAAAUUAUAAGGAGCUUAUCCUUCUGCUCGCACAACUCGUGGGCUUGGAAGAGCUCUCUAUCACCAUGUCGUCCCCCCAUGGCUGGGAAGAUCGGGAUUUAAGAUGGGGCUUGCGGCCACUGGCACCUGUACGAUUGCCCUGUCUGUCAACAUUGUUGGUGGCCGAGGGCCACAUCCUGAAAUUUCUCGAUUUGCCGGUCCUCACGACGCUGCAUCUCUUGCAGUGCUAUACAGAAGAUGUAAACCUUUUGGGAGCCUGUAUCCUCCGAUCUUCAGCAAACAUAACCUCUCUGUUCUUGGCACCAAUCAACUCUAUUGCUUACAUCACUGCCCUGUCUUCCCUGCUCAGCUCACUCAAACACCUGGCUUUAACCCUACUCGACAUGAACCCUGACGAGGCAUUACAAUGUUCCGCGAACUUCGCACGCCUCGAUUACCUUCCCAACCUCGAGUCGAUCUCCUUCAUUGACAAUAGACCCGAAGUAGCAUUUCUGUGCGGCAGCAUUCGGCCUUUCCUCGAGGGGAUUGCUAUGAGAGCUGCAAAUGCGCUGCUCAGCGGCGCUCCACACAGGAUGAAACUUACUCGGCUCGUUCUCGACUCUCGCGCGCCGGGGGUGAUUCCGGCUGAGGAUAUGCGCGAUCUGGCAUACCUGCAAAGAAGGUUACGGUCACUGCGUGCGAAGCAGGACAAGAAGACUGAGACUAGGCACAUUUAA